AUGUUCCUCAUCGAACAAUCGAACCAACCUCCUCAGACAUCCGGACAUCUUACAAUCAUCAUGGCAGCUCCUUUCCCAUCCCCAACCUCAACCUGGCACACGAAAACCCACCAAUCCAUAUCUCCCACCCGCCCCGAGCUUUCCGCCAAAGGCAAGACCGUACUUAUAACGGGCGGGGGCACAGGCAUCGGUGCAGAGACCGCUCACCACUUCGCCAAAGCAGGUGCAUCUCGGAUCGCCCUCCUUGGCCGUAGAGAACAACCCCUUCUCGACACCAAAGCCUCGAUCGAGCACGAAUUCGCCGACGUCGAGGUAUUUGUGGCCUCAGCCGAUGUCACAAAGAAAGGCGAAGUAGACGCAGCCUUUGCAAAAUUUGUCGGCAGCGGAAAGAUCAACGUUUUGGUCAGUAAUGCGGCCAUGAUUGGCCUCCAGGAAACCAUCAAAGACGCGGACGGUGACAAAUUCCUCGAGGGCAUUCAGCAAAACCUCAAGGGUUCAUUCAUCGUUGCGCAGGCAUUCCUGCGAUACGCAUCGACAGACGCAGUCGCUAUCGACAUUAAUUCGUCCACUGCACAUCUGAAUUUCACUCCUAAGUUUGCCCCAUAUUGCAUCGCCAAGCUGGCAAUUUUUCGGCUUUGGGAUAGUGUGGCCUUUGAAAACCCGGAAAUAAGCGUUUUCCAUGUUCAGCCUGGCAUAAUUAGAACUGCGAUGAAUGAAGAAGCGGGGGGUGUUGAUGCUGUCGGGUUCCAGGAUGACGUUUCUCUGCCGGCGAGUUUCAGUGUUUGGCUCGCAAGCCCGGAGGCGCGUUUCUUGAAAGGGAAGUUCUUGUGGGCAAACUGGGAUGUAGAUGAACUCAAGGCCCGAGCCAAAGAGAUCGAAGCGAGUACGCAGCUCGAUAUCGGGCUUAUUGGAUGGCCGUUUGGAGGUCCCAGUUGGCAAUCGAACUGGAAUUCCUAA